GAUUCUAGGCUCCCCUGUGACAGCCGCGGCAGGAAGCGGGCGGGCGCUCCCCGGCCACCGGCCUGUUGUUCUCGGAAGCGAGAAAGCUGGACAUUUCCCCCCGUAACUCCCAGCUCUGAGCCUAGAGUGUGAAUGGCGAAGUCCCCGGAGAACUCUACCCUGGAGGAGAUUCUGGGGCAGUAUCAACGGAGUCUCCGGGAACGUGCCAGUCGAAGCAUUCACCAACUGAAAUGUGCCCUGAGAGAAGGUGAUGUCACUAUUGGAGAAGAUGCACCACAUUUUUCUUUUAGCACCAGUGCAGGAAAUGAGGAUGCCAGGACAGCUUGGCUCGAAUUGCAGCAGAGCCAUGCUGUUAAUCAGCUCAAAGAUUUGUUGCGCCAACAAGCAGAUAAGGAAAGUGAAGUGUCUCCGUCAAGAAGAAGAAAAAUGUCCCCUUUGGGGUCAUCAGAACAUGAGGAAACCAUUAUGCCUACUAUGUCCAACCUUAUUCCUAUCAUUAAUGACCAGUCUCAAUAUAUUCAUCAUUUAGAGGCGGAAGUUAAGUUCUGCAAGGAGGAACUCUUUGUAAUGAAAAAUAGAAUCCAAGUAAUUGUACUUGAAAAUGAAAGGCUCCAGCAAGAACUGAAAUCUCAAAGACAAGAGGAGACAAUGAGGGAACAAACACUUCUGGAUGCGUCUGGAAACAUACAGAAUUCUUGCAUUACAACAGGUGAAGAUUCUGGGGUGGGCGAAACUGCCAGAAGACUGUUUUCUUAUGACAAUGCAGAUACCGGGAAAGCUGCAUCUGCUGGUGAGCAGCUAGAACUGGAGAAACUAAAACUUACCUAUGAGGAAAAGUAUGAAACUCUGGAAUCCCAGCUGAACUUUUUGAGGAAAGACUUAGCUGAAUAUCAGAAAACCUGUGAAGAUCUUAAAGAGCAACUAAAGCAUAAAGAGUUUCUUCUGGCUGCUAAUACUUCUAACCGUGUUGGGGGUCUUUGUUUGAAAUGUGCUCAGCAUGAAGCUGUUCUUUCCCAAACCCAUAAUAAUGUUCACAUGCAGACCAUUGAAAGACUGAUUAAAGAAAGAGAUGACUUGAUGUCUGCACUAGUUUCUGUAAGGAGCAGCUUGGCAGAAACGCAGCAAAGAGAAGCAAGUGCUUAUGAACAGGUGAAACAAGUUUGGCAAAUAUCUGAGGAAGCCAACUUUGAAAAAACCAAGCAGGCUUUAAUCCAGUGUGACCAGUUGAGGAACGAGCUGGAGAGGCAGGCAGAGCGACUUGAAAAAGAACUUGCAUCUCAGCAAGAGAAAAGGGCCAUUGAGAAAGAUAUGAUGAAAAAGGAAAUCACAAAAGAAAGGGAGGACAUGGGAUCAAAGAUGUUGAUCCUGUCUCAGAAUAUUGCCCAACUGGAGGCCCAGGUGGAAAAGGUUACAAAGGAAAAGAUUUCAGCUGUUAAUCAACUAGAGGAAAUUCAAAGUCAGCUUGCCUCUCGGGAAAUGGAUGUUACAAAGGUGUGUGGAGAAAUGCGCUAUCAGCUGAAUAAAACCAACAUGGAGAAAGACGAGGCAGAAAAGGAGCACAGAGAGUACAGAGCAAAAACUAACAGAGAUCUUGAAAUUAAAGAUCAGGAAAUAGAGAAACUGAGAAUAGAACUGAGUGAAAGCAAGCAGCAUUUGGAACAGGAGCAGCAGAAGGCAGCCCGGGCCAGAGAGGAGUGCCUGAAACUAACAGAACUGCUGGGCGAAUCCGAGCACCAACUGCACCUCACCAGACAGGAAAAAGAUAGCAUUCAGCAGAGCUUUAGCAAGGAAGCAAAGGCCCGAGCCCUUCAGGCCCAGCAAAGAGAGCAGGAGCUGACACAGAAGAUACAGCAAAUGGAGGCCCAGCAUGACAAAACUGAAAAUGAACAGUAUCUGUUGCUGACCUCCCAGAAUACAUUCUUGACAAAGUUAAAGGAAGAAUGCUGUACAUUAGCCAAGAAACUGGAACAAAUCUCUCAAAAAAGCAGAUCUGAAAUAGCUCAACUCAGUCAAGAAAAAAGGUAUACAUAUGACAAAUUGGAAAAGUUACAGAGAAGAAAUGAUGAAUUGGAGGAACAGUGCGUCCAGCAUGGAAGAGUACAUGAGACAAUGAAGCAAAGGUCUUCGCGAGGCCAAAAUGGAUCAUGACCUCUUUGAGGAGAAGGGCCAAUACCUAAUAUAUUUUGGUAGCCACUGUGGUCAGAGCUCAUAAGAGGUACCUGGACUUCAGGUAAGUGAAACAUGGAUCUUAUCCUGUUGGUUUUUAAGAUUUCUUUACCUUAACCUCUCUGCACCACUUCUCAACCCAGCAUCAGUGUAGCGAAGAGGGAAUGAAGGGAGUUGCAGGAAAGGUUUUGGGACCAGACCGAGGAGUGAGCCCACUGCUUUCUGUCCUUCCUGACUUUCUCAGUCACCUGGCUCACCCAACUGCACGAGCUGGGAUGCGUGAACUAGAAGAGGAGGAACCUGUGGAGUGGCAAGCUCUCAUUCCUAUCAUCCCUGCCUCUAAAAAUAACCCUCAAUAAACAGAUGACAGCAAAAGUCGUCUCAUGCAUAUAAAGACAUGGCAGAAAGCAGUACCUUUUUAGGUAAGGGGCUGGUGGCUGUGAAGGUAAGGAUAGUGACCAGGGAGGUGUCCCUCCUAACACUGUCAUGCACACAUCCUUCUCACAAAUGUGAUCUUGCUAACAACUACACAUCCUCCUUGGAGUGAAAUCUUGGCUGUCUUGUUCUCCCCUGUAUCCCAGUACCCAGUAGAGAAGACAUUGUAGGUGCUCAGAAAAUAUUUGUUGAGCAAAAACGAAUGCAUGAAGAGUAGAAUAAAUUCAUGUUGUAUUUUUUUACAUUACCUUAAAAUUCCUACCUUUUGUACAGCUAGAAGAGGCGAGCAUCCAUGUGCGCAUUGCAUUUAAACAGCUUUAGCAAAAUCAUAGUGCUGUUGGGUCCUCAGCAGCUGCCAGCGAAAUCGUUUAGCUAGAAAGUCCCCAAGGCCUUUUCUGCACCAAGGUGUUUUCCUUCUCUCAUCUAGUUUUCUUUUGGCAAAAAAAAAAAAAAAAAAGCCUAGUCUCCUUGGAAGGCAAAAAAA